AUGGAUGACCUCUCUGGUCUCGAUUGGUCCAAGCCCAGUGCUGGGCAGCCGCCCAAAGCCGCGCCGAUGACCAGCAACAUGGCCUACCCGUCGCUGCGGCCGAGCCCCUCGCCCUUUGCGUCGGGACGCAACACGCCUGCGUCCACGCAGAACUCGGGCAGCAGCUCCUUUGGGAAACCGCCACAGCCGCAGCAGACGACGACACAGCCCAAGGCCGCUCAGGACAGCUUCAGCAACCUGGCGCGCUUCGGCCCCGCCAAGACGUCCCAGAACCUGACCCUCGCCGAGCGCCAGGCGCAACUCGAAGCCGAAAAGCGCAGGAAGGAGGAGGAGAAGCGCAAACUGACCGAGGCACAGUUUGGUAGCGGGCAGCAAUGGGACAUGCUUGGGUCGCGCGGCCAGACUUCGAGUCCCGCGCUGCAACCGCCGGCCGUUGUGGCGCAGAGCUCCGGCAACGACGACGACGACCUCUUUGCCGCCUUUAACAAGGACACCAAGGUGGAUAACGCCAGUCACUUCCCACCUCCAGAGAAGAAAAUACCCACGCCGACCGCCGAAAAGAAGCCCCUCGACCUCUCGAACCCCAAUGCCUGGAGCGCCUCUGGGUCGGACCCGGCUGCCUAUCCGGACGACGACGAUCCGUUUGGCCUGAGCGAAUUCAAGCCCAACGGUGCCGCGGCGUCAGUACCACAGAAUCAGACGCAGACCAAAGACGACGAUGAUUUUCUGGGCGACCUGGCCCGACCAGUGGAGGAGGUACGCGCCAAACAACAAGUUGCCCCGCAGCGUGGUGAGCCUGGCAAGCCGAUUGAGGACAACGACUCGAGCUCUUCCGACGAGGAGGAACUGCCCCAAAGACCGCGAAACGAUACCCGUCGGGCCCAAAAUAGCGGCAAUGCCGAGUUUGACAGCGCUCUGGCCCAGCUUGUCGAUUAUGGCUUCGCGCCCGAAGACGCGCGCCGCGCUUUGGUCGAGAGCGGUGCCGGCACCAAUGUCCAGCAGGCGGCCAACUGGCUUCUCGACGAGGCGCAUCGGAAAUCCAAAGCCAAAGCGCAGGGAAGGCCGUCGUCAAACAACUCGAACCGAUCCGAGCGCCGGGAGCAGACACCCUCGGGGCGAAACGAGCCCGACUUUGCCAAGUCGGCCGCCGCUGUUGGAAACACGCUGUUCAAGACGGCUAAUUCACUGUGGAAGACGGGGCAAAAGAAGAUGCAGCAGGCAGUUGCAGACUUUCAGCAAGAGGGCGUUGCCGGUGAUCCCAGCCAGCCCAAGUGGAUGCGUGAUGCACAGACGAACCAGGGACGCGCCUCUGCGAGGGCGGAUGCCAAUGCCACCGAUGAGGCCAUGAUGCUUGAAUCCGGUGGAAGACCGAGACAAGCCAAAGAAAAGAGCCGGCAAGCGACGCCAGACCUCACAAGGAGCUCCUCACCAGCGACAUCGUCUGCUGGCCAGAGUCGGAGCGGCUCUGUGCCCAGGUGGCAGCAGCAACAAGCUGCCCCGCCCCUGGUUCCGAAUGCGCGGUCGCGACUUAAUCGGUUCGCGGACGACGACGACACCUUUGCUGUUAGUUCUAGUAGAAGACGGAAGCCGGCAUUCCCCGCAGAGCCAGCCAAGACCGAACCUGAACCAGAUCUGCUGUUUGGCUCUGAAGCGCCGAAACAAGCGAGUCGUCCAACCCCCCCUCCUCAAGCCGCAGCAGCUGCGAGGAAAACACCGCCCAACCCUACUCCUGUGCGAAAGGCGACACCAAAACCUGCCCGUCAAAUACCGUCCAUCACGCCGUCCGCCAUACAAACUUCUACAAAGCACCGUCUCGAGGGAACGGCGCAUUUCAAGCGUGGAGACUUUGCACAGGCACACGCAUCCUAUUCGUCCUCGCUGUCUGCCGUGCCAUCUACACAUCCCCUGGCCAUUGUUCUCCUCACAAACCGAGCACUGACUGCCUUGAAAACGGGCGAGCCGAAGCAAGCAGUAACAGAUGCCGACACCGCCAUCAGCGUCAUUGGACCCGGCAACGGCCAGGGCGAGACGGUGGCCGUGACAGGCGACAAUGGCCAGGAAGAAAACCGCGACAUGCGCGAUUUGUACGGCAAGGCGCUGAGCCGCAAGGCCGAAGCCCUCGAGCAGAUGGAGAAGUGGGGAGAUGCCCUUGCCGUGUGGAAGCUGGCGGUCGAAGCUGGUCUCGGCGGCGCCACGGCGGCCAAGGGCCGUCAGCGAUGCCAGACGGCGCUCGCGCCCAAGCCCAAGCCUGCGCCCAAGCCCGCCUCGGCGCCCAAGUCUCGUCCAUCUGCGUCGGCUAGCCUGCAGCCGCAAAAGGACUCCGAGGCCGUCACGCGACUACGCGAGGCCAACGAGGCCGCGGCCAAGGAGGACGAUGAAAAGUUUGCGCUUUCAGAACAUGUCGACGCCAAGAUUGCGGCGUGGCGCGAGGGCAAGCGCGACAACCUGCGCGGCCUCAUUGCGAGCCUGGACCAGGUGCUGUGGGAGGACAGCGGGUGGGAAAAGGUGGGCAUGCACGAGCUCGUCAUGGCGAACAAGGUCAAGAUUUCGUACAUGAAGGCGAUUGCCAAGACGCAUCCAGAUAAGAUUGCGCAAACUGCUUCGACAGAGGUGCGGCUUAUCGCGGGUUUAGUGUUUAGCACGCUCAACGAGGCUUGGGACAAGUUCAAGACGGAGAAUGGACUAUGA